AUGGCAGAUAGAAACAUCACUUUGAUUAAAGACUUGGACAACAUGAAGGAUGAUUACACAAUAAAAGUGUCUAUCAUCCGGCUGUGGAAAUCACUUUCAGAUGGCAACCCCAUUAAUGUCAAAUCAAUUGAGAUGAUACUCAUGGAUGAAAUGUGUACAAAAAUCCGAGCAAGUGUGUAUCCAAGAGAUUUUCAAAGGUUUGAGUCCAAGCUGAAAGAAGAUCAUGUUGUUUACAUCCGGUCCCCCACUAUCGCUCCUAACAGAUACACUUUUAAAAUAAGUGAUGUAACCUCCAAGUUAAAUUUGCACGGAAGAACAACUGUUAAUGAGUGUCUACACUUUCAAUCGAAAACAACAUAUGGCUUUUCUUGUGUUUCUUUUGAAACAAUAAUCUCUGCAACAGCUACCUCUAAUGACUCAAUUGAUAUUAUUGGUGAAGUUGUUUCAUUAGGAAAGCUUGAUUCCCGUGAUGUCAGCAAAUCUCUACAUAGGCUACCUUUACAAAUCAGAAACUUAGAAGGUUUGCAGGUUAACAUGACAUUGUUUGGAGAUAUUGCAUACCAAUUGAUUUCUUAUCUUGAAGCUCAUAAACAAGUUGGUCGUGUGAUUGUCCUUUUGCAGUUUGCAAAACUUAAUGUCUAUAACGGAACACCUUCCGUUAACAGUUAUUUUGAACAAACACGGAUGUUCAUAAAUGUUAAUCUUCCCGAAAUUGUUACCUUCACAGAUAGCUUGGUUGGAUUACGAGGAAUUCAAAACCCUUCUUCUUCUUUGACUGUUGAUAGCUCUCAAUCAUAUUCGGAAUCUGAUGACUUUUUGAAUAAUUACGAAGUUAAAAAUGUUGUCGAUUUGAUAGAACCACAAGAGGUCGGCCAAUAUAUCAUUGUUGGGACCAUUUAUGGUAUUCGCCAAGAUAUUGAUUGGUAUUAUGAUGCGUGUACAAACUGUGGAAAGAAAGUUGAAACAAGAGAUGUGUUCAGCGGUCCAGAUAGUGGUGAUGCAAGUGUGGUUGUAAAAUGUUAUGGUGAUAAGUGUAUAAAUAAGAAGAUCUCUUCUGUUCCAAGGUAUAAAAUACCUAUUCGUGUGCAAGAUGAUUCUGGAACAAUCACUCUAACUCUCUUUGAUAGAGAUGCUUAUAGACUUGUCAAAAAACGCGCACGUGAUCUUAUAGAGAAAAUCAAACAGGCUGGGGAUAAUCCAAGAUUGUAUCCUUAUGACCUCAAAUGUCUGGAGCAUAAAAAGAUGGCUUUUAAGGUAGAUGUUAAUAGUUUUAACGUUUCCAAUAACUACAAUCGGUUUGGGAUACUUGACUAUACAGUUGAUAGUAACGUUAUCGAUGCUUUGGAAAAAAAGUUAGCUGUCGAGGCAGGUACUCCUGCAAAUGCUGAUGAUAUAGAAAUCGCAUCUCAUGAAGCAUCUCACGAAACGAAGUCCUUAAAGGAUGCGAUCUCACAGACAGGUGAUAAUUUGACCCCUUCAAUGCCUGACAAAUUUGAAGCUACAAGUCCGUUCAAGUAUAAUUCGCCAACAAUGGUAAAAAAACGAAACGCUGGAGAUACCAUUGAUGUUGAUGAGUAUGAUAACGUGAAUUCGUCUACCAAGGUCCCUCGAUUGAAUUCCAAAGUUGAUGGCAACACAGGUCUAUUAAUACCAAAGAUUGAAAAUAUUGCUCUUUGUGGUGUCCACUAUUCAAACACUGAUACUUCUUGCUUUAUUUUCGCUGCUAUUCUCUAUCUUAAUACGAUUAUGCUUUUAGGGUUAUCAUUGUAA